AUGUCAGCUGAACAGGACCCCGUCCUCCGUCUGCACACCAGCUUUCGGCGAGAGCUGGGUAGAACGAGGGCAGAAAGGGUACUGUAUUUUUACAAUCCAGAAUUUGAUCCCAGGAGAAACCGCACAAAACGCACAAGGGCCGAUGAAGAGCCUACUGAAGAUCCCACCAAAAGGCCGAAGACUGGAGAAAACGAAGACAACGAAGAAUCUCAAGAAACUCAAGAAAGCGAUGAAUCAGGAAGGCCACAAAAUCGAACAACAGUAGGUGUCGAAUUUGAAUUCCUUCUUGCCCAAGAAGGCCAUUCAUCGAAAGACGUAAAUAUAGAUCCGCACCCAGAGGACAAUAGAUUCCUAGCAACUACGCUUGAAAUUCCCCAAGAAGCGAUGGGUGCGACCUACUACAUGAGGAAACUUGCCAUACGUAAUGAGAUCCUUCACCAGAUUAGGCAGUGUAAUCUGGCGGCAGCAAACACCGUCGAUGACUGGGGUCUCGCGGGGGUUGGUUUCAUAGCCACCCCAGAGUUCGGCUGGGGGGGUAGAUAUAACCAGCCCGAGGUGGUUACAGACGUAAAACUUGACAUCUGGCACAACAGAUUCUUUUGGGAUAUAAAUGUCGGACCCGACGUUGCUAGCACAAACCGGCUAAACCGUGAGGCUGCCCGUGCGGAGAUGCUAAAUGAGUUCGACCAGUUCCAUGCCGAUAACGGCCUGGCCUUACAUGAAACGACACAUCAAUAUAUCGAUGCUAUUUCAGACGAAAGAUUGGAGUUUUCUUAUGCCAGGGGCCAUAAGAGACCUGCACAGUACAGGGCAGCCCGCACAGAGUUUAGGGAAAGUGCUAAAAGGGAAGUGUCCAGGGCCAUGUUGGAAUAUGAGAGAGAGUUGGAAGCAAGCCAGCGCGAUCCAAACUUCGUCGAAGUCCCCCAAGCUAUGGCCAAGUAUAGUGCUUGGACGUGCCAUGGAGACGAAACCCAGCUGCUUAACCCCGUUCAUCAUCCAGAGCUCCAUCAAUAUACUAUAGACUCUUACAGAAUCUCCCAGCUCGAUCGCAUCAACAUCCCCCCAUCCUAUCUAAAUCCGGCGAAAGAUGGCUUCGUUCAGGACCCCAGGGAAGCUUAUGAGUGGUUCGAGGGAGAACUGGUGUCACCUAUUAUGGACUUUAACCAUCACGAUACCAUUCCUGCCAUCCAAAGGGCUUGCGCCGCUCUCCGAGACAAUUUUCGUAUUCACAAACCGAUGUCAACCAUACAUUCUGGUCUCCAUAUCCACUUCGGCAUGGAGCAGGGAUGGACACUGUUACAUCUUAAGAAGUUCACGACGCUCUGGCUUAUUCUCGAGGAAAACCUCGAGAAACUCCAUCGGCGCGAUCGAUCUGAUGGAUCCAAUGCUUACGUCAGCCCUCAUCGAACAAUGAGCCCAAUCGCUCAACAACUGCGCGGUGUUGCUAGCGAGUAUGAUUAUUUAACGGACAUCGAAACCACAGAUCCGACGGCCUAUGCGGCGAAUAUGCGGGAGAUGGGGCAGCACAUCCCAUCUUCGACGUUGUAUAAUGACAACGUCGAAGAAUCGGUCCGAAAUGCUGUCACUGAAGUGUGGAAGUACGAAACCAUCUCGAAAUUAGCCAGCGGGAUCACUCCAGGAGGUGCUGCCUUGGAUAUUGCUAAUCUUCACACCUCUUAUAUGAGAUACCGCAUGGAGGGCGACACUCUCUCGGUCCCCAAUAACGAAGUUCCAAGUACGAUAGAGAUAAGAAUGAUGCAGGGGACGUUGGACGCAGAUCACAUAGCGCACUGGAUGAGGAUAUGCGAACGUCUCGUCAUCUUUUCUCGAGACUCGACCGCCGUAGAAUUCUUCAACGGAAUAAGCGAUCUAGCCGCCGGCAGCAGGGAUCUGCAGGAUAUAAUUGGUAUUCCCGCAGCCACCAUGGACUGGUUUAGGAGUAGAGUACCACAAGGGAGUGAUGGACAAGAUGGAUAUUUCCGAUAUCCUGACAAUGAUAAAAUUGACUGGUCGGAUCCUUUCAUGGUCCCCGGAUACGGAGAUACCCACGGGCACGCUUGA